AUGGACCACGCUUCAGUGAAAAAACCGCCGUACCGAGCCGGCAAGACAUGUUCGGUGAUCGGUUGCAAGAAUAGUGGAGGGUUCUUGAAGGCGUGGGACACUUCUGUCUGCGAUCAACACGGUCCGCUCCUACGCGCCGAAUGCCCUUGCCUGCGCUCGUACGCGCUGCACUGGUUUCCGCAAGGGGACAAAAACGAAGAAAAACGGAGGAAAUGGCUAGCCAACCUUCAACGCAAGGAGCUGAAUCCCACUAAGAACGCAAGGCUUGAUGUUCACAACCAGGUCUUGCUGACCCUCAUGAGACUACGCCUCGAACUACUGGUAGUCAACCUAGCUUUCCGCUUCGAGAUUUCAGUGUCGCUGACUAGCAAGGUGUUUCACUUCUGGAUCGAGGUCCUUGCUGGUUUUUCGCGAGAUUACCUUGUCAUGUGGCUACCUCAAGAGACUAUUUUAGCGACACGUCCUGCUGUCUUCACAGAUUUCCCUAACACUACAUGCAUUGCAGACUGCUUUGAAGUAUUUGUCGACAGAGCACAGAACAUGCUCAAAAGGGGUUGCUCUUUUAGCCCGUACAAGAGCCACAACACUGCCAAGGUUCUUCACGUGAUUGCUCCGAAUGGUUUUAUUAUGUUUAUUUCGAAGGCUUAUGGGGGACGAGCCAGUGACAAGUUUAUCACGUUGGACUCUGGUCUGCUGAAGUACCUACUCCCAGGUGACGAGGUUCUCGCAGACAAGGGCUUCACCAUUGCCGACAUUCUACCAUAUGGAGUAAAGCUGUCGUUGCCGUCCUUCAGACGGAAGAAACAGCAACUGUCCGAGGCCGAGGUUGUGUUCUCCCGUCGGCUCUCUAAGGUACGAAUUCAUGUUGAGAGAUCGAUCUGUAGGAUGAAGUGUUUUCGGUUCCUGAAAUACAUCCCAUCUCCAGUUUUCGCGAAGGUAAACUGUGUUGACAACAUUCUGGUAGUCAUCGCAGGGCUAUGCAAUCUGCAACCAAGCCUGAUCAAGGAGGGAGAGCAAAGUUGA